AUGGCUCCACCACUGAAGACUGGCAAGCGCAAUUACUCUUAUUCUUUUGUGAAUCCUAAUCUGAAGUCUGUUGAGUGUUUGGCAAAGAAGAUCACACCGGAUGAGUCAACCAAUUUCCGAGAAAAAUAUGGGUACAUUCUGAGCCUCCUCAAGAUGCCAUUCACCAAGGAUGAGCAAGAGGGAGUUCACACUUUGCUUCAGUUCUAUCAUCCUUCCCUCCGUUGUUUCGCAUUCACUGAUUAUCUUUUGGCUCCUACCUUGGAAGAGUAUUCGUCAUUCCUUGGCAUUCCUGUUGGGAAAGAGGUACCUUAUUAUAGCGCCAUGAAGGCCCCUGAUUCCAUUGAAAUUGCUAAGGCUCUUUAUUUGAGCAAGUCAGUCGUGGAGGCAAGUCUCACCAAGAAAGGAGGUUGUCAUGGUUUUCGUAUGGAGUUCCUGGUUAAAAGAGGUUGUGAUGCUGCUGAAGCCAAAGAAUGGGACACUUUUAGAGCUAUUCUGGCUCUAAGUAUCUAUGGUAUUGUGAUGUUCGCAAAUGUACCUGACUUUGUUGAUAUGAAUGCCAUCCACAUAUUCAUUCUGCAGAACCCCAUUCCUACGCUUCUGGGGGAUGUUUAUCAUUCCGUUCAUCAUCGUAAUGAGCAGAAAGGAGGUUUGGUUAGAUUCUGUGCUCCGCUGCUAUACCGUUGGUUCAGAUCACAUUUGCCGGAACGUGGAGCUUUUGUUGAUAGUAGGUACACAUCCAGAUGGGCUGAUAGAAUUAUGGGGCUUAGAGCUAAGGACAUUGUCUGGUACAACCGAUCCUUGGACCAUAUGGAAGUUGUUAUGAGUUGUGGGAAGUUCAAGAAUGUGCCUCUCAUGGGCAUCAGAGGUGGGAUCAACUAUAAUCCUAUCCUGGCUAGAAGAACAUAUGGAUACGCUUUCAUUAGUCCUCCUGAACAAGCAGAGAUUGCUGAGAAUAUUUACUAUCAUUCAGCCACCAAUGUUGGGCAAAUGGCAGAAGCUGCGCAAGCCUGGAAGAGUAUUUGCUGGAGAGAUAAGAAGCAUUUUGGUCAAAGAGACUACUGUGGAGCAGAAUCGGAAAUUGACUGA